CCAGGGCUAAUUCCGGCCUCCUAAUCCCGGUCUCUUUCGCCUUCCCCCUUCUUCCUGCAUGUUAUCUCCACACCCAUGGUUGCGAGCAAGCGGUGACCAGGUAGACGCAACUACUUCCUGAGCGGGACGAGGGUGAGAAAGGAGGCUGCUUUUGUGAAUAACUAACGCACCUGUGUGAGCCUCAUUGGAGGAUGUAGCAUCGUACCUCCAAAGAAGCACAAGGAUAAUCACCACCAUGGGAGAAGCUCAGAAGUCCUCCAUGCAGGGCUUACUCUCCGUCAUUGAGAAACUGAAGGGCUCCAGCGAGCAGGAAGUCAGAAUAGUUCUUCUGGGUUUGGACAAUGCCGGUAAGACCACCCUGCUGAAGAGCCUGGCCUCUGAGGACGUCAACACCAUCACACCUACACAGGGUUUCAACAUAAAAAGUGUGGCGUCUCACGGCAUGAAACUCAAUGUGUGGGAUAUUGGCGGGCAAAGGAAGAUCAGAACUUUCUGGAAAAAGUAUCUGGAGAACACAGAUCUGUUGAUUUAUGUCAUUGACAGUGCAGACAAAAAGCGAUUUGAGGAAACAGGACUGGAGUUAUCAGAGCUGAUUGACGAGGAGAACCUGAUGGGCGUGCCGGUGCUGAUCUUUGCCAAUAAACAGGAUUUGGCCACUGCAUCGCCGGCCAGUGAGAUCGCAGAGGGCCUCAACCUCCAUACGUACAGAGACCGGGAGUGGCAGAUUCAGGCCUGUUCAGCCGUGUCUGGGGAAGGAGUGCAGGAUGGCAUGAACUGGAUUUGCAACAACAUCAUGAACAAGAAGAAGAGAACAACAACAACAACACCAACAACAACAGCAGCAGCGACCUGACAUCACUUCCUGUCUCUUGUCAUGGUAUAAAUACGUUGUUUCUGAAUAUACAGUAGCUCCUAGUUGAAAUACAGUGAGAACAUUAGGCAUGGUUGAUGGUGUAAAUGCAAGCUUUUACUGCGUUACAACUUCUAACAUCUCUACCAAUAUUGUAGUUGUUUGUGGGUGUAAUAAUCCGUGUGUUGGAGAUUUCUGAAAAUAAAAUGUUGAGUCUU